UUAUAUAUUGAACUUUUCAACGUUUAACAAGAAUGUUGAAUGUGCAGUCCAACUUGAACAAUGUCCCGGAAACAACAUACAAAUAAGUUUGGUCAACCCGAUCUGAAUGAUCAAAAGACGACAUUCUUCCUAGCUAGCUAGUUUAAUUGUUUAAAGAAGUUUGCCUUAUGCCUUGUUGGAAUUUUGAAGAUGCAAUCACGAUCGAGAAGUCUAUAAAUACCCCCAUAUACUUGAAGAGAAACACAAAGUUGAGAAACUCUCUAUUUUACAUCAAAGAUAGCUGUGAAAACGUUUUGAUAUAUACAGAGUCUCUUAAAAGCCUCCCUCCCUUUGCUCUCUCUAUAUAUCUAGAUCAACACCCUAGCUCCAUUAAUUAAUUUAUUGCCAAAUAUCAGUUAUGGCCUCUGAAGGAACCAAUGUUCAGUUACAGCCUCCAACCUAUGGAAAUUUAAUCACCAUUCUCAGCAUUGAUGGGGGUGGCAUAAGAGGGCUUAUUCCUGGCACUAUCCUCGCCUUCUUAGAGUCUGAGCUUCAGAAACUGGACGGUGAGAACGCAAGACUCGCUGACUAUUUUGACGUGAUUUCUGGAACAAGCACCGGUGGUCUUGUCACUGCCAUGCUAACUGCUCCAAACGAAAAGAAUCGCCCUUUGUUCGCUGCCAAGGAUAUUAAGGACUUUUACCUUAAUCAUGGCCCUAAAAUUUUUCCCCAAAAUAGGUGUCCAUUAUUCCCUCACAUGACCAAGAUCAUAAAAGCUUUAGGUGGACCUAAAUACGAUGGCAAAUAUCUGCAUCAAAUUGUCAAGGAAAAACUAGGCAAUACAAAACUACACGAGACUCUGACUAACACUGUCAUUCCUGCAUUUGACAUCAAGCGUCUGCAACCAACAAUAUUUUCCACCUAUGAGUUAAAAAAAAAUCCUUCAAUGGAUGCCCUACUUUCAGACAUAUGCAUUUCAACCUCCGCAGCACCAACUUAUUUUCCAGCUCAUUACUUCGAAACUGAGGAUGUUCAUGGGAGCGUCAGACAAUUUAAUCUUAUAGAUGGAGGUGUUACUGCAAACAAUCCGACUCUAGUUGCUAUGAGUGAAGUGACAAAGGAGAUAAUCAAAGGGAGUCAAGAUUUCUUUCCCUUUUCACCAUUGGACUACACACGAUUUCUAGUUAUAUCGUUAGGAACUGGUUCAUCAAAAGAUGAAAUGAAAUAUAAAGCACCUGAAGCUGCUAAGUGGGGGAUUUUGAGUUGGUUAACACACGGCGGUUCCACACCUAUUAUUGAUGUGUUUUCCCAAGGAAGUGCCGACAUGGUCGAUCUUCAUCUUUCUGUGGUUUUCCAAGCCCUAAACUCUGAAAAGAAUUAUCUCCGAAUUACGGACGAUACAUUGAGUGGAGAUGUAUCCUCAGUGGAUGUAGCGACAAAUAAGAAUUUGGAACAACUUGUGAAAGUUGGUGAAGGGCUAUUGAAGAAACCAGUUUCAAGGGUUAAUUUGGAAACUGGACGCUUCGAGGCUGCUAAUCACGAGACUAAUGAAGAGGCUCUUAGAAGAUUUGCGAAAAUCCUCUCAGAUGAGAAGCGGCUUCGUGAUAUGAAAUCACCCCAUGGAAAAAAAUUAUAAAUGCUUGCUUCAGUUUCCAAAGGAUAUAUAUAUAUAUAUAUUGUCAAAGACUUGUGAUUCUUUAGAUAUUUUGUCAAAGACUUUUGAAUCUUUCGAAAUAAUAGUAUCUAUAUUGCGUUUUGGUCGUGUUCUAAUUAGUUGAGGUGGAGGGCUAGCAAUCAAUUCAAUCCACCAUUAGUUUGAAUAUUCGUUAUUGUUUUCACUGUAUUCAAAUAAAUCCCCAGCUGUAUAAUGUACAAUUAAUAUAACAAUUUAAGUGAUCACUAAGACCAUUCUCAUAUUACAAAUAUAUGUUGUGCAAAACAUUUUAUUGAAAUGGCUCAUUCAUAUA